GAGUUUGUUUAUCAAGUGAUGAUUUCUUGGGAUUUUCGAUUUUCAGUUGGACUUUCAAAUAAUUUUAGCCCGUGUUCCCUUGAAGUUUACAAUAUCAUGGUGUCUUUAAUUUUUUUAUCCUCGUAUGUUAUCCAUUAAGUGCGAUUAAUUAUCAGUUUAACAUUUUUGUACUGUUUAUCGAAUCAUAAUCAUGAGCAAUGAAAAUCUAGUAACCGAAGUACCGAGCAGUCUUAAACAGUUAGCCAGACUUAUUGUGCGUGGAUUUUAUACCAUUGAGGAUGCCCUGAUCAUCGAUAUGUUGGUCCGGAACCCGUGUAUGAAAGAAGACGACAUUUGUGAACUAUUGAAGUUCGAAAGGAAAAUGCUUCGAGCAAGAAUUGCAACCUUGAAAAACGACAAAUUCAUUCAAACAAGAUUAAGGAUGGAGACCGGAAUUGAUGGCAAAGCUCAAAAGAUAAAUUAUUAUUUCAUCAACUAUAAGACUUUUGUAAAUGUUGUUAAGUACAAAUUAGACAUAAUGCGAAAAAGGCUAGAAACAGAGGAAAGAGAUGCAACAAGUCGAGCCAGUUUUAAAUGCCCCAACUGUUUGAAAACAUUCACCGAUCUCGAGGCGGAUCAGCUUUUUGAUUUUGUUACUCAAGAGUUCCGGUGCACAUAUUGUGGUUCAGUCGUGGAGGAAGAUCAGUCUGCUCUUCCGCGGCAAGAUUCUCGGCAAAUGAUGGUCAAGUUCAAUAGUCAAUUAGAACCAAUUUUCGUUCUUCUGAGAGAAGUGGAAGGAAUUAGAUUAGCACCUAAAGUUUUAGAGCCAGAGCCUGUAGAUAUCAAUACAAUCAAAGGAUUGGAUACUAGAUCAAAUAGUAGCAAAUCCUCCGAGCAGUGGUCAGGAGAGGCAAGUCGGAAUCAAGGAUUUUUAGUAGAGGAAGCUAGAGUAGAUAUACAAUUUGGUGAUAAAGAAACACCAAAGGAAACGAAUAAAAAAGAAAGACCGAUCUGGAUGGUGGAAUCUACAGUUCUUCCAAAUGGUUUUAGUCAGACUAAUGUAAUCGUAGAAGAUACGGGUACUCCAGUUCCUACCAUCGAAAGUACAUCAUCGUCGAAAGGAGGUGAAGAUAUAAUGUCGUACCUGCUCCAGCAUGAACGGAAAGGCGGAGCAAAUCAAACUAGUUUAGCUGCAGCCAGCCUAGCAAAUCCAAGGGAUGAUCAUAGUGAUUCAAGUAAUGACAUGGACAAUAGCUUAGAUAAUCGACUCAAAGACUUCCAGUUGUCGCAAGAUGUAGAGACUUUAGAAUCUGAAGAAGAGGAAGAAGAAAUGCCAUCUGUAACUGUAGGGGACGUAAGCUAUUUAUUAAGUGAAAUUGACGACAAAGUCAUAGCUAAGAUGACACAAGCUGAGAAAAAUAACUACAUAUCUGUUUAUCAAGACUAUUAUUCGAGAGUCUAUGAUUAGUUUCCAUCAUGUUCAAAGGUGGCAAAAGUAAUUUUAACUCUCAAUUGUUACUUGUAUCCAGCACAGAACGCAAGUGAAUCACUAACGACAUUGGUUUCCAGUGUAUUUAUUUCAAAUGUAGCAAAAUGAACUUUGCUGCUUUACCUGUUACAAAACCGGUAUGCCUCUCCCCACACGAAACUCUCUUGAUUUUUUUAGUAUGGUCGAAAGCUAAUGGCAUUGGUUUGGUGACUGUUUGUAGGUCAGGCAGACCGAGUUCCUUAUUUUGGUUCUUCCCAAAAACGUACACCUGUCCGUUGUCUGUAAAUUGAAAUUUUAUCUUGUGAGUCCAUUGAAAUUUGCUGUGAAAUGAACUAGAAAUCUCUUAGAAAUAGUUAAUUUUCAAAGAGCAAAGGCUCUCAAAGAAGCAUUGAAUCUCUAUUUGAUUCAUACAAUAAAUUAAUCAAGCAUCUCCCAGUUACCGUAUUGUUAAAAUGCAAGUCAUGGCAAAUAUAAUCACCAGGACCUAACGUUCAGUUGAAUGAACAGAUUACUGCUCUCGCAAGUGUGUGCCAAGUCCAAUUAAGUAAGGUUUAUCUGUGUCAUUCUCUUAAGAAAAAUGUUAUCAACUGUCAAUUCAAUCUCACAACUUUGUAAAAUGUAUUAAAAAAAUUAACCCAGCAAAAAAUUAGACUUCCUAGUAUUGUCUGCUAGACAGUCCUCGGACAAAGUUUGCCGCACUACGUCUUGGCCUCUUUAUUGACAGU